GACCCACGGUGACGUCAGCAGGAUGUAAAUACACUGCCUCGCGGCCUGAUCGGUCUUUUUCCUCUCCUGUGCUGUUAGGGCGGCAAGCGUUCGCUCUGUCUCUGGAAGAUUUAACACCGAAGCAGCAAAAUGAUCAUCUACAGGUGCAUCAUCAGCAAUGAUGAGAUGUUCUCAGACGCCUUCAAAGUCAAAGUAUCUGAGAGCGGGAUCUUCUAUGAAGUUGAAGGAAAGACCGUCACCAGGACAGAAGGGUUUGAUGAUUCUUUAAUUUCUGCUAACGCCUCUGCCGAAGAAACAGCCGAGGGCACCGACUCGUCCUCCAUCUCUGGCGUCGACAUCAUCCUCAACCACAAGCUGCAGGAGACGGGCUUCGACAAGAAGCAGUACAUAACUUACAUGAAAGAAUACGUGAAGGCCAUUAAGGCCAAGCUGCAAGAGACCAAUCCAGAGAGAGUGGAAGGCUUCGUGGCUGACGUCGCACCAGAAGUUAAGAAGAUCAUGGGAAACCUCAAGAGCUACCAGUUUUUCACAGGAGAGUCCAUGAACCCAGAGGGCAUGGUGGGACUGCUGGACUACCGUGAGGACGGCAUCACACCAUACAUGCUUUUCUUCAAAGAUGGUCUGCUGGUUGAGAAAUGUUAACUACCUGGAACUACAUCUGCUUUUCAAUUGGCUGCUGCUUCCCAAAUGGCCCCAAGAGCAGACUGAAGGAGCACUAUUUUUUUGCAUCAUGCCUGAACAGAAACAUUGUUCUACAAUUUCUUACAUAGUCACAUUAUGGCCCACAGCACCACUCCCAAGGCUGGGUGAAUCAAACAUGACUGGUCACUGAAUACAGUUUUUUAACUUUUUUUCUUGUUGGCUUUUGCAGUGUUUGGUUGUUUUUUUUUUUUUUUUUAUCCCAGGAAUUGGCCCCAUUUUUGUGAUUUGAAAAUAAAAAGCAGGACAGGGAGUGGAGCUCAGACUCUGACAGAAAGAUGUUUUUUCUUGUCUGAAUACUGUUUUAGCAAUGAUCUAUACACCUCCUCAGACCUCAGUGUUUUAUGGUUGCAUUAAAUAAGAUUCCAUCUACAAUGAAGACUUCUGGUUUAAUUUGAAAAUAAAAUCUAGUACCACCA